AUGACGGUGUUAGCUUCUUGUGCAGCUGCUGAUGCUAAGUACUAUGGGAAUGUAGAGGUUUACAAUAUUUUAAAGGCCCGUGGAGCCAAAAUUCCGAAAACCAGAAAGACACCAAUGGCUGUUGCAAAUCCUCGUGAAGUUCCAGAAUAUGAGCUCAAUCCGCUAGAGCUUCAGGGAACAUAUCAAGUUGCUAAAUGGAAUGGCACAAAAGUUUAUGUGAAGAUACUUGACAAGGACAGCUAUUCGGACCCUGAGAGCAUAAAUGCGUUCAAACAUGAGUUAACUUUGUUAGAAAGGGUCCGGCAUCCUAAUGUGGUCCAGUUUGUUGGAGCUGUCACCCAAAAUGUACCUAUGAUGAUCGUUUCAGAGUACCCUCCAAAAUCAUUAUAUGGAGGACAUUUGUUGCUGCGUGCAGAUGCCGAUCCCAUCAAUAUGCAAUCUUCUGGUUGGUUGUUUGUUUAUUUGAGAAUCUGGAAACCUGAAGAGGCUGCCUCAAAUUUUCAUCUUUCUGGGUUUUGCUGUAUACAUGGUGACCUUGGAAGCUAUCUUCAAAAGAAAGGGCGUUUAUCUCCGUCCAAAGCUCUAAGAUUCGCCCUUGAUAUAGCUAGGCAACUGAAGGUUGCAGGAUUUGGUGUAAUUAGGUUGUCAAUAAUUUCACCCGACAAAGCAAAACUAGUGCAGCCUGGGGCAAUUGAUUGCUUGAGUUUGCAUGUGGCACCUGAGGUUUAUAAAGAUGAAAUAUUUGACAGAAGCGUUGAUGUAUACUCUUUCGGUCUUAUUCUGUAUGAGAUGAUGGAGGGAAUUCAACCACUUCACCCCAAGUCUCCAGAAGAUGCUGCUAAACUGAUGUGUUCAGAAGGAAAGAGACCAACAUUCAAGGCAAAAUCUAAAAAUUGCCCCCCAGAACUAAAAGAGUUAAUUGAGGAAUGUUGGGAUCCAGAAUAUGUUGUCAGGCCGACAUUCACUGAGAUCAUUGUACGGUUGGACAAAAUUGUUUCGAACUGCUCCAAACAUGGAUGGUGGAAAGAUACUUUCAAGCUGCCUUG